AGUCUUGGAGUUCUGCCUGAAGCUGGCUCCUCAGGGACAGAUGGCUUGGCAAUUGAAGUGGAGCACUGGGGCGAAGGCAAAAACGGUGCAGAUGAACUGGAUUUCUGUUUUCUUUGGGCAAGAUCUUGGAAUUUGAUUGCUAGGAAAACCAAGAUUUGGGAGGUCAAGCCCACAGGCAAGAGAAAGGAGUGGGUUUCCAGCUGGAGGUGGUGAUGGAGGCGGUAGACCUGUCUUUUCUCUCAGAGGUGGAGAGGGACUUCAUCAUUCAGGUUCUCCAGCGAGAUGAGGAACUGCGGAAAGUGGAAGAGAGAAGAAUUAGGCGCCUGAAGAAUGAGCUGCUGGACAUCCGGAGGAAAGGUGCCAAGAGGGGCAGCCAGCGGUACAGUGAGCGAACCUGCGCGCGUUGCCAGCAGAGCCUGGGACGGAUCAGCCCCAAAGCCAACACCUGCCGGGGUUGCAAUCACCUGGUUUGUCGUGACUGCCGCUCCUACAGUGCUGACAGCUGCUGGCGCUGCAAAGUUUGUGCCAAGGAGGCGGAGCUGAAGAAAUCCACUGGGGACUGGUUCUAUGAUCAAAGGCUGCAUCGCUUUGCUCCCCGACUGGGCAGUGACAUCAUCCGAAUAUCUCUUCGGCGCAAACCACAGGCUAACAAAAGAGAGACAGCAAGCCAAGCUCUUCUUCAGAAAGCCCAACGCAAUGAUCCCCAAAGGUCCUCUGAAGCCGCCCGGAAAAGUCCUCAGCAGCAACGCAAGGAACCCAGGUUGAUCUCCGAUUCCUCUGAGCUACGGGAUCCAAAGAGUGACACGGAAUCUACUGAGAACAUGAGCCUGGAUGGCUUGCGUCCGAUCUCUGGUCCCACUUCUGCUCGAUCUAGCCCUCGCCAAGAGAAGAUGAAAAGUCUCAACCCUUCAGGGUCCAAGGUCUCCAGCCUAACCCUUCCCAUUUCCUCUAGGGAGACUCCUCACUCCGACUCAGAUAGCGAAGCCUUGGGGGAGACGCAGGGUGCAGUUUCAGCUGAUGAAAACGAAAUCUUGUUCAAAAAAAAUCCAAGGAGAAUUCAGAGGCCUUCAGAAUACACGAAGUCUGUGAUUGAUCUCCGGCCAGAGGAUGCUGUCAAUGAAAGUGGAAUUCUGGGAGACAGGAGCAAGUCAGUCCCAGGCCUCAAUGUUGAAGCGGAGGAGGAAGAGGAAGACAUAGACAACCUAGUUGAAAUUCAUCGGAGAAGGGCAGCCCGAAGUAGCUUGCGCAGUGGCACAUCCUUGAGCACCCUGGGAAGCCUGGCUAGCAUUUACAGUGAGGCAGGUGACUUUGGCAACAUCAACGUCACGGGGGAGAUUGCUUUCUCCUUGAGCUACGAAGAAAAGACGCAGGCCCUUUUCAUCCAUGUGAAGGAGUGCCGCCACCUGGCCUAUGCUGAUGAAGUCAAGAAGCGUUCCAACCCAUACGUGAAGACAUACCUUUUGCCAGACAAGUCCCGUCAAGGAAAGCGAAAAACCACCAUCAAACGUAACACUGUCAAUCCCCUUUACAAUGAAUUGCUAAAGUAUGAGAUCAAGAAGUCCCUUCUGCUAACCAGAACCUUACAGUUCUCUGUUUGGCAUCAUGACCGCUUUGGACGGAAUAACUUCUUGGGAGAGGUGGAUGUUGCUAUGGACGCCUGGAACUUCAACAACCAGUUGGAAGAGUGUCUCCCCCUGCAUGGCAAGAACCUUGCAGAUGCAGCUGCUCCUCAGGAUAAAGGCGAGUUAGUGGUGUCCUUGAAGUUCGUCCCACCUGCUAAACAUCUUGGUACAGGAAAUGGGAAAAAAGGCAAAAAGGAAGAAGGUGGUGAACUUCAGGUCUGGAUCAAGGAGGCCAAGAACUUGACUGCAGCCAAAUCUGGUGGGACGUCGGACAGUUUUGUCAAGGGGUACUUGCUACCUCUGAGGAACAAGACCACAAAGAAGAAGACGCCGGUGGUGAAGAAGAGUCUGAACCCUCACUACAACCACACUUUGGUCUAUAAUAAAAUCUCUGCAGAACAGUUGUCCCACAUCUGCUUGGAACUCACAGUGUGGGACCGGGAGCCUUUGUCCAGCAAUGAUUUCUUGGGCGGUGUCCGGCUUGGAGUUGGGAAUGGAAUGAGUAACGGCGAGGCUGUGGAGUGGAUGGAUUCCACAGGAGAGGAGAUAAACCUCUGGCAGAAAAUGUGCAAGUACCCAGGAUCCUGGGCAGAAGGGACCCUUCCCCUUCGUGCCACCAUGACCAAGUUGAGGCCAUAGGUUUGUCCCUGCUUGCUUGGACCAUCAAGUCCGAAGAAGAGGCAAGUAAUCUGGAGAGCUGCCAGAAAGCUGUCCGGCUCAUGCAGCAGAAGAGCCAGCUUUGCAAUGGCUGUUCCAACAGGCUCCUUCUAAAGAGAAUGUUUCUUUCAGAGAAUCUUCGUUUUGCAACGUCAUUGGAACGGUUAUUGCACGAGCGCCUUUCGGCAUCUCAAAGUGCCUUUUAUAUUUGGUGGUUUUUUAAAAUUUUCUGCACUUUCCUUUUCCUUCCCGCUCCCUUUCCUGUGCUGUCCUUGUUUUUAAAAAGCCCUCUGGAUGUAAGCUGUGUUUUUACAUCCUGUUUUAAAUGUCACUGCUGCCUGUUGUCUAGGCAGUGGGAAAGGGUCACUGAAAUAAAGUUCAGAUCUACUCUG